UCAUGGAAAUGAACUGUAAAAGCAAACAGGCUGCGUUAGCUUCAGUGUAAUGACGUUAGCCUGCUGGAUGUUUUUUUCUGCCGUUAAUGAUUUUGGAUACUGGGGACCGACAUCCAUGAGCCUCUUCGGUCUUUUAAAGCACAGUCACCGUGACCACCUCGAAGUCAGCAGCACCGGGCGACCCUGAAGGCAAUCAUUCAACAUCUGGAGUACUUCUACCCAAAACAGAAGUAGUGACCCUGCCUUCCUGACAACCUGAGCCCCCUUGCCUACCCCCCCAAAAACGUUGCCCCGCUUCCCAACAUCCUGAUUGGGUGCCCGUGCUGCCGGCGGUGGAUUAGAGCACUCUGAUUGGAGGCUUUGCGAGGUGGUUUUUCGGUCUGGCGCCGCCUCCCCCUGGGGCCGGCGUGCGCUCCCAGCAGCCCGUGGUGCCCUGCGCCCCCCCCUCCCCGUCACUGCACACCAGAGCCAAUGCCCAAGGAGGAGGCGCGGUCCGUCCGCCAGGAGCCAUGUGCCUCCCUCACACCAACAACAUGGAGAACAAGUUACAGGGGGCGGCGCAGGGGGGAGGGACUGCACUACGAUCACGGGCAGGAGGCGUCCCACUGGAGCCCUUCAUACACCAGGUGGGGGGUCACACCAGUAUGAUGCGUUAUGAUGACCACACGGUGUGUAAGCCUCUGAUCAGCAGAGAGCAGCGCUUCUACGAGUCUCUGCCUCCAGAAAUGAAGGAAUUCACUCCGGAGUAUAAAGGCGUGGUUCUGGUUUGUUUCGAGGGCGACUCUGACGGCUACAUCAACCUGGUGGCGUACCCGUAUGUGGAGAGCAACAUGGAGGGAGGGCCCGCCGAGCACGAAGAGCGUGACCCCCCCGAGAGGGAGCAGCCGCGGAGGAAACACUCCCGACGCAGCCUCCACCGCUCCUCCUCUGAACACAAGGAGGAGCGGCCCGAGAGGAGAGAGUCACACGACCCAGAGGCUUCUGAUAAUCUUGCAGAGCUGAAGAGUCCACGGCUCGACCCGAAGCUGCACUCGGACGUUCCCUUCCAGAUGUUGGACUGGAACAGCGGUUUGAGUUCAGAGAAGAUCAGCCACAACCCCUGGAGCCUGCGCUGCCACAAGCAGCAGCUCAGCCGCAUGAGGUCCGAGUCCAAGGAUCGCAAACUCUUUAAACCAGAGUUUCUGUUGUUGGAGAACGUGGUUCAUCACUUCUCCUACCCCUGCAUCCUGGACCUGAAGAUGGGCACCAGGCAGCACGGAGACGACGCCUCCGAGGAGAAAGCAGCCCGGCAGAUGAAGAAAUGUGAACAGAGCACUUCAGCCACGCUAGGAGUCAGAGUGUGUGGCAUGCAGGUGUACCAGCUGAGCACCGGGCACUACCUCUGCAGGAACAAGUAUUACGGCCGCGGCCUGUCAAUCGAAGGCUUCCGCGAGGCGCUCUUCCAGUACAUGCACAACGGGAAGGGUCUGAGGCAGGACCUCUUUGAGCCGAUCCUGAAUAAGCUGCGCAGCCUGAAGGAGGUGCUGGAGAGGCAGGCAUCCUACCGCUUCUACUCCUCUUCCCUGCUCAUCAUCUAUGAGGGAAAGGAACCUGAGCAUGCAAUGUCCCACCAGAAGACUCCCGCGACCCCUGCGGAGCCCCACCGUGGCCCCGGCCCUCACGCUCCCCCGGCUCCAGACGCUCCCUGUGAAACGGAUAAGAGCAAGAACCCAGUCCCGGGGCCUCCGUCCUCUCAGGGGACCGCUUCCUCUCAGGGACCUGGACUGAUGGCCUCCCCCUCCCCUCGCCCCCCCCCACAGGCCCCACCCUCCAAGUCAGACUGCCACUCUUUUCUCCCCCCUCUCCCUUCGCCUCACCCUCAUCCAGACUCCUCCUCCCCAGCUCCCAACUUAAGCUCCCUUCUUCCUCAUCCUCCUCCUCCUCCUCCACCUCCUCUUCCUCCUCCUCCUCCGCCAGCCCCCCGGCAGCCACCCCCACUGGUGGACGUCCGUAUGAUCGACUUCGCCCACUCCACCUUUAAGGGUUUCCGCGGCGACACAGCGGUGCACGACGGGCCUGACCGGGGCUACGUGUUCGGACUGGAGAGCCUGGUCAAGAUCUUGGAGAGCCUGCAGGACGACAACCUGCCGUAGCUCCCAACACACACACACACACACACACACACACACAUGAGUUAGUUCAGAUCGUCAAUGCUAUAAAUGCACAUACGGUUUAAUGUAGGUACAUUUCCUUUCUUCCGUAGUACUCCUGCCAAUCCUCCCAUCCUUUAUUAGAUACAUGCCUCAUCUACAGAGUGAGAGGCUUGUGCGCGAUGAUACAGACGGGUGUUGUUUGGUAGAAGGAAAGUAGUUCCUACAUUAAACUGCUAUCAACAUGCUCUUUGGAUUAUCUUGAGGAUCAUGAGUUUCAAAUAUGUUUUUGGCACAUUUAAUGCCAUCUAAUUUCAUUCCACUGGAGAUGGGCAGACAUCUCUAUGGCUGGUCUCUCACAUCCUAACACCAAAACUAUCUGCAUUGAUUUAUAGCACCACAGGUGAGAUUUGUCCCCUUGCACUCGCAAAUGGGUUUUUCUUCUCCACCGUGAAGCUUCACUGUGAGAGAGAUGUAUGUGUUUGACACCAGAGGGAUAUUUUAACAUUUAUCCGCCAACGAAGGAAUGUCUCUUUGUGCUUUCCUUGAAUCUGACUUUCUCAACUGGGUCGGAGCCAGUCCUGAUUCAAUAAAAGGGACAAGAAGUAGAUGUAGGUCGCUGAAUUUCAAUGAUGCCUUUUUUGUAGAAAACACACACAGAAAUGACUAUUCAAAGCGGAUCAUUUCUGUGUCUUAAAAGUUAUUGUAGGGGGUCUUUAGAGUACAGAAAAAAACAAAGCAGAUGAAAGUGAAAAACAUGCUUCCUGUGUCAAACUCACGUAGGUUAUUCUGCACAGUGAGGCUGAAACAUCGAGUGAAACAACAAAAGUGAAACACACACACUUUUCAUAAUCAUAAUACCACUUUACACGUUGAAGGAUGAGAGGACCAUCCAAAAAUGUCCUUAUUCCCAAGGAUAAAAACUUAAAUUGGUCCUGAUUAACAUAGACACACACACACACACACACAUCCUGGGAAAAGUUGUCUGUGGACAGAGUGUCCUCUGAGCGACCUAUCAGCUGUAUCCCAGGGGCCGACUACUGAACACUCACUUUGCGUCCUCCCCCUCACUCCCCUGACUCCUCCCCCCUUCUCACCCCACCUCCACUCCUCUCCGCUCCUCUUUCCCUACAGAAACCAAACCUGGACCGGUGAACAGACUCUUUCAGCGUUACCUCGACAACGCACUCCAAGCAUCUGUUAAAGCAAUAGAUGGAGAUGAUAGACGGCAAUGUUUUGUUUUUUUCCUUCAGCAGUGCAGAGGGCAGCAUCGCCCCACAGGGAGAACGGGGAUAAAGUAUAAACAUAGAAGUAGGCUUUAAGGAAAGGGUAUAGAUCAUUUCUAAAAAAAAAACGCUGUGUGUCCGUUUUUGGGGCUUACGUCAAAAACGUUAGUAGUCGGUGUCCGUAAAUCAUCCUCUGGGUUUAUUGUGUAAUACUGAAAGCAUAAGUGUCACUUUCCUAAAUCUGGUCUGCUGAUAUUUUUCUUAUUCUUAACAAAUCCCAUUGAAAAUAAGACUCAAACCAGCAAGGGAAUGAUCCACUAACACCUAUUGUGUAUAUCCAAAUCCUCAUCCAUCUUCUUCUUCUCUGCCAUUGAGGUCCAAAUGAUUAAAAACACACCAAUAAGCCACACUGUUGCACUGGCUCACAUGUCCAUCAUUACCUGCUACAAAUACUCACUAGAGUAGCACCAAUUGUCGAUUAAUCCCCUGCGGAAAAUAGUGCUCAACAAAUCUCCUCCUGUUUGAGUUAGGUUUGCUAACAACUACAAUGACCAGCUGAUUUAGGAGUCUUUUAAACGUGAGAUUUAAUGUAGUUUUUUUGUACUAAAUUAUUUUUGCUGGUAUUUGAUUUGUUUACCAAAGGAGGAGUGACUCUAUCUGGGGACGUUGUGAUUUAUCAUCGGCCCCUCAGACUCCAGUAUCCCUUUCUUGACUUUGGAAACAGUAAUAUUCCUAAAUGUCCCAUUAAUAGUUUUCCUUGAGUAUUUAUCUUCUUGGGGAGAUGGAGUGGCUCGGUUGUGUGACAUUUUUGUCUUUUAUUUUUUUUAAAUAAAAAUAAAAAUAAAAGCUUUAACAGCUUUCUGUCCAUGUUGGCCUUUAAUGGGAAAAAGCUACAGUGCAGCUACUAAUUUCUGUCCCUAUUCCUGUUUUUUCCAAUAUAAAAAGUUAACUUUAAGUUCCUACGUUUAGUUCAAAAUGAAUGAGGAGUGCUUAAAGUGCUCUGGGAAAAAAUAAAUAAAAGAUGGAGACUUUGAUUUGGCCAAAGUUGUGUUAACAAUUUUUUAUAUUCUCCUUUUUAUCUUCAAUAACAACCAAUGGGCUGUAGCACCACAGAUAAAAAAAAGUCACUAAGUUUUAAGAGACAGACUAACACAUUGUUGGUUUGGGACUUUUAAUGGGAUUUCUUGACUAUAGAAAAAUAUAGAAUAAUACCAGCCUUAUUCUUUAAGUUAGGCCUGUGUGAUAUGGUUGAAUAACAAAAAUAUUUAUUAAAAAAGAAUAUUUUUCUUACAUAUAUUAUAUACAUAUAUAUAUAUAUGUGUGAUAAAAUCACAAUAUUGAACCGCUGCGCAAAACAAUACGAAAUAAUUAAGUCCAUGUUCAUUGUAAAGAAUUGUUUUCCAUAAAGAGAAAAAAACUACAUUUACUCACCCCAGGUUUUUAAAUUAGGGACUGCUUUGGAGUCUUUCAUUUGUUAAACAUGAUGUGUUUAAAUCAUCAUGAGGAGUUUAAGUUUUUGACUGAUAAUGUUGCCCAGUGUACCUGUGAGGCAAGUGAAAACUGGUGACGUAUUUUUUCCCAAGUUGAUCAUUUUUUAAAGAAAUUCGAAAAAAUAAUCCUCGACGAAACUUUUUUUUAUAUCUGUAUUUCUUUUAAGCCUGAAGUUAAACAUAAAAAUAAUCAUCUUUUUUCAUAAUUUUAUCACUUGCUUCUCAGUAAGUGUCAGCUACAAAUAAAAAUAUAUAUGUUCCAGUGACGUGCGGUGAAGUUCAUGGCUGGUGAGGCACUGACGUCAUCACAAUCAGAUUUGAACUGGACUCACUAGCACCCCCUGCCAUGAGGCAGGAGAACUGCGUGCCUCACCUAGUCUCUCUUCGCAGCGGUUUUGCUCAGCACAAGAGACACGUUACAGACAUACAGUUGACAAAAAACACUGUAUAUUAUAUACACCAGCUAAAGUAUGGAAAUGAGUUAAUAUAGCCAGAGUGUUUGAACAUUUUAAUAGCGACAUACAGACAGACAGCAGUUACAGUCUCACUGUAUAGCAUGUCAGCAGGUUGGUGCCUCACCGAGCAGCCGUUCUCAGUGUUUGAACGUGAAUAUGAAAAUUCAGCGAUUUUGGAUCAAAAUAAUGUAAAACUGGUGAAAUUAAAAGGAAAAUAACUUUAUAAUACAAACAACUGGACAAAUAUGAUCAUUAAAUUUAUUUCUUCAUUUUACUUUUCAUGAUGACGCCUCCCCUCACCGCACGUCACUGAUAUGUUCCUUAUCUUUCUGUUAUUGUCAUCAGAAUUGGGUAUAAUUCAUUUAAAGAUAUCACCAUCCUCUUAUCUGAUUGGUCCUGAUGAGUCGGUGUUAGCCAAUCACAUUUGUCCAUUUAUGCUUCCGUCAUCACGUUCCAGAGGCCGGCUGUGACGCAGCGCCGCCCCCUGCUGGAGAGCACCGGGAGCUGGAAUAAGAGCGAGCAAAUAUGAAUAUUUUAUUUUUGGUUUAUCGAGGUGAUAAUUUAUUUUUUUAUUGUACCUUUUACCCAUGUGUGUGGGUAAAUGUUCUGUAUUUUACAUGUAUCCCCCUUACCACCCACAAAUGUAUAAAAUGUAAAGAAAUUCAGAGACACAGUGUGUGAAAUGUCAGAAAUCCGCAGUAUUAUUUGAGUCUUUUUUUCUUUGCCGCUGCAGCUUCAGACAAAAAGCGGAUUGUGUUUCAUGAAGAAACUGUCGCAGUAAAUCCAGACUUCAGCGCGCUCAGUGACCUCAACACUUCUGGAGUGUGUGAGUGUGUGAGUGAGUGAGUGAGUGAGUGAGUGAGUGAGUGAGUGAGUGAGUGAGUGAGAACAGGUAGACAUCUUUAGUCUUUGGAGGAGCUGCAUGCACAUUAACGUCCUCCUGUUUGGGUCCGUUUCCACCACAGUGUCAAACAUUUUUGGGUCUAAAGCGGUACCGGCCCUCGUGUCCUCAGAUCAUCAUGGUGUCUCAACAUGGAUAUUAUAGCCUCAAUGCUCGAUCAGUUAUUUAGCAGCAGUUUCUGCAUCUGACAUCAUCCUGACUGUUUGUUAGAACAGUGAAAGUAAAGUGAGAUUAAAUCUUUCCGGAAGCUUUUGGGCUCGUGUUGUAAUUUACUCAGACACGUCAAGUGAAGAAAUCGCCAGAUCAAUGAAGCAAAUGUUCCUCAGCCCAGUGUCCUCUUAAUCCAACAGAUUUACAAAACCUUCCAUCGGCUUUAUAUUGUCACAAAUCAUCAAAAUCAAGCGUAUAGAGGAGCUAAUUUCAGGAUCUACUGUGCGCUAGAGGACAUGUGAAGACUUAUAGAAUGAAAGCGUGUUUAAGAUUAUGAAGUUGUUUAUAGUUUGAAUAAACUGAUUUGACAGAGGGACUGAGAGGGAAACUGGAGACAAACGGAUACAUGUAUUCACAAAUGAACACUUUUUACCCAAAUAUUCUUAUCCUCGGUGAUUUCAAGAAGAUCAAGUAAUACCAAAAUAAAGAUGCUUCCUGAAAAAAAAAAUGGUAGAUCAAUGCUAGCUCCUUUUAUUUAUUUAGAAAUUUGACAGUUUCAAAAAUAUAUCAUACACAAAAUAUAUCAUUUGAAAUGGGUAUUUGUGAUAUUUUUUCCCACAAAUCACACAAUAACUGUCCAUUAGUAACAAUAUCUAACAAUUCUUUUUGAAUGAAAAAUUCUUUAAAAAGUUAUCUCAUGAAGCUGUGAAAAAUAGAAAAUCUUACGUGACCACAACCCUUUUUAUUCCACUACGACAAAAGUUACAUUUUAAAUCAUGUUUUUCUGGGCUAGAAUCAAUCACCUACAGCUAAUAUAUAAUGUAUAUAACACAUUAACAUAACACAUACACCACAUUUUGGGGAAACAAAGUUUCUUUAAAAAAAAAUAAAAAAAUAUUUAGAAAUUGAUCUUUUCAGGGGCCGAACAGACGUCACCUUUCAAACUGCAAUUUAAACGACAUUUCUAUUAAACUUCUGAAAAUGAAACGAAAGAAAAUCACUCUUGUAUACAGAGUUGAUUUCAAGUACACCAAGUAACAGAGGGAUGAUUCAGUAAUCCUUUACAAUUAACAUUAGCAGCAGCUAGUGCAGAGAUGAGUCAAGUACUUCAACAUCACAAAUUAAAAUGAUAAAUAAAUAACCUUUGACCAAAAGGAAUAGGGAACUAAAUCAGAACCCUAAACCUCUAGAAAAUGAUUUCAACCAGUUUUGGGAAGAAUUUUUCAUGAUCAUAUAAACAACAUAUAUAAGUAAGAGAAAGUAAAAUGUAACCAAAACAAUGGCGCCUUUCAUCUGGUAAAUGAUUAACAUUAGCUUUAGAAAAUGGAUCACCAGAAAAACAAGAAAAUCCCCUGCAACAUGUUUUACAGAUUUAAAUAAAGACAUCUCUUGACAUUAAGCUAAAGACAAUGAAAUACGCCUUAUUUCCUGAAAAAACACAUUAACCCUUCUUUAUCAGAAAAAACUGAUUGAAAACAUAAAAACUAUUUGGCCUAAACAUUUAAAACUGCUGCUGUUGGUGUAGCAAGGUAACAACGCUACAUUCAGUUAAUAGUUAGCAAGCUAAGCUAACUUUAGCACUCAUUGUCAAAUAAGACUAUUUCAACAGCUUUAAAAAGCUAUUCCUUGUCACAUUAUGUUUUUGUUCUUGUAAAACUAUUGUAUCUGUUUAAUUUUUACAAGGAAAGACUCAUGGUCAGUAGAUGUAGUUGUUGGCUAACAUACGUUUACUUAACAGUUUGCUUUCAUUGAAAGGCUCAGACGAGACGUCACAUGUCGUGUAGAGUGUGCGGUAAUGUGUGGAGGAACAUUUAUAUCUUCCCAAACAGUUAGUUUGAGUUGGUGCCUGGCUAUACAUUAUGAUCAUCUUUAUAUUAUUUAGUUUUAAACUGUGAGCGAGAAGACUACUGCAACUUAAAAUAAUUGAAGCACGACAGCAAUAGUAAGAUAGUAGUUAUACAUUAAUAUUCUGGGUUGCUGAAUUGUUGUGCUCUCCAUUGUUUUUGCUCUAUAGUUCUUCAAAAUGAAAACGUCAUGUCCUUCUUUCGGCCCAAAAAAACAAAAAUGAUGAAGCAGACAGACAGGCAUAGACACAGGAGGAACUGGAGAUUGAGACCCAGAGGACUGGUUUGAAAGUGAGGGCACAGAGCAGUGAGCGACAGAUCAAGAGUCACAUUUAUUUGGUUUAUAUUUCUCCACAGAUAUCAGCAAAUGUAAAGAAGAGCCAGCAAUGCAGCCAAAGCUUAAAAUAGUUUCCAAGGACCUUGAUGGGGGACCGGAAAAGGAGUACUCUCAACUGUUGGACUCUGCAUACUGUUAUGCCAGCAGACAUCUUAGCCCUCCUAAAAUCACAUGCACAGUUUUUGAUUCACCUUCCGGAUUCAAAAACUUGACGAAAACAACGUACAAAGUGGGGGGAUUUGCAAUCCAUGCCAGAUCUGAAAGGCACAAACAAGCUAUGAUUGCAUGGAAGGCCCAUCAGAAAGCUGUAACAAAUAAUGCAACACUGGCAAAUGUUCUUAACAAAUUAUAUAAUAAACACAUUAGAGAAAACCGGGAAUAUAUAAAAACUAUAGGGGAAGUGCUGUUACUUACUGCAACACAAAACAUAGCCUGAAGAGGACACCAUGAGUCUGCAGGCUCGGCUAAUCAAGGGAACUUCAAUGCAAUUCUAGAGACAAUUGCUAACCUUGACAAAGGUAGUAAGAAAAUCAAGUAGAAACAUUCAGAAUUAAGUUCUGGGUUCAAAGUGAGACACAGUAAAGUCUUUAGCAUCUUGGCAGAUGAAACAAAAGAACAGACUUCUCUAGUACUCAGGUACUCAGGUACUACUUCAAUGGCGCUAUCAAGGAGAGUUUUUCUGCAUUUUCAGCUACGAAAACAAUUCACAUAUUGGAAAGUUACUGUCUUGAUUACAAAAACAACCUUGUAGCAUAUGAUGGGGCUGCCAUCACGAGUGGUAAACACUCAGGGGUCUAGGCUAGAAUCAGAGAGUAAGCUAAAUAUGCCUUUUACAUUCAUUGCAAUGCUCACUGUCUAAAUUUAGUUUUGGUAGAUGCAGUCAAAGCUGUCCCAGAAGCAGAGCAGAUGUACGAAAGUGCACUAAGAGAACUCCAACAAUUAAGUGACAGCAGAUGGGCAUGCAGGUUAAUAUAUCUUCGUAAUAUUAUGGAUAGAUUGCCCGCCCUUAAGAGAGUACUGCAAGACAUAUCCCAAGAAUGCAAUGGUGAGAGAUCUAUUGAGGCGUGUGGUCUGCUUUCAGUCGGAUCUUGAACUCAUUGUGCAUCUUGUAAAACUGCGUGUUGGGAGAAACAAAAACUUCUCUCCGAUAUGUUACAAUCUUCAUCACUUGACUUUUCAAAAGUUGUUGAUUAAGUUGAAUCUUUAGUUCAAACAUUAAUUAGUUUAAUUAACUUGUGGAAUUAAGUUUUGAACGUUUGUGAGCAAAGUGAUACUGCAAUACAGCCAGCAGCAAAACAACAGAAAAGACUUCGCUCUAAACUUGCUGAACACUGUGUACUGAUUUCAGUUGGGCAGAGAGAGACAGAUCCAGAUAGACAGGUAUCGUACAGCUUUUUUCAACCCUAUCAUUGAUCAGAUGAUACAUGAGCUUAAUAAAUGGUUUUCAAAGACAAACUGUGACUUAAUGAAUACAAUCCAAGCUCUUGACCCAAAAAGUGAUGACUUUUUGCUCAAUUGUAUUAUGAAAAAAUUAAUGACUUGGGGCAUGAAAUACAUCACUUCAGCAUAAGUUUGGAAAGGAAAAUACAGACUGGGAUGCAGAGACCCAGUCGUACAGUAGAGAUGGUUCAGUUCAUUGAGCCUUAUGAAGAAGUGUUUUUGAGCUCUUCAGACUCUGCAAGAGAGCGACCCCAGUCAGUUCUCCUACUUGUGAGCAAAGAUUUUCCACUGAAGUUGGUCAAAACUUUUCUCAGAUCCACCCUGAUUGAUGAGAGGCUGAUCAAUCUUGGUGUGCUAAGUUUUGAGUCAAGGAGGUCAAAGGCGUUUAAUCAUGACUCAUUUGUUUAUUGGUUAGCCAAAAAUCCCCAAAACCGCAGGUUAUUGUUGCUGUAAUAUGAAAUUAGAAAAACUUUAGCCAGGGAUGCAGAGACCCUGAUGUACAUUAGAGAUUGUUAAUUGCCUGAUAUUCAUGUUCCAGCUCAUAUUGUUUGUGUAAUCUAAUACAAUUGUAACUAAGUUACUAAAAGAAGUACUGAAACAAAGAACUGUAACUUAAAGUUACUGAAAUAAAUACCUGUACAGAAACAAAUACCAAUUACGGUAUUUUAUGUUUUA